UUUACCAGUCAGUCUGCGCCUGUCACUAGUGGAUGACGCACGCGCUGUAACAUCAUUGGCCAGUUUGAAUUAUAUUACGAACGUUGAAGAAACCGUCUUGCCAAUUGCGUUCGAUGAUCGUUCGAUUUCUUAUUUGCGACUUUUACAUAUACAGAGUGUCCCGUUAGUGUUGUGUUGGUGACAUUGAAAAUACGUUUAUUGAAAUUUUGUGAUUACAGUUCGGAUGUUUUCAUGAAUUAUUAGGUAAAUUAAAAACGCAUUGCAAAACAGGCCAUCCGUGCGGAUUGACCUAGAAUCGCUCCACUACUGCCACCGGAACCAUUAUGCCUUAUACAACCACAACAAUCUAAACCGAUACGUGACUCGAAUAUAAACGUAAUUACCGUUACUUAAUUAUGCCAAUUUAUUAAACAGCAUCAUGAUGGAAGAGGUGACCACACGCCCAAAUGUAGAGUACAUUGCACCUGUAACCCCCAAAGCAAAGCAAAGGCCUGGAUCAACUACUUUUACGCAAAUAGUAAACGAUGAUUCUAGCCUUCGAGUGAACGGAUUCGCAGAAAGCCGGUCAGAAAUGGACUCUCUAAGUUCGAUGCACUCUCUUGUCCUUAAUUCCAAGUCACCAACAACAACGGUAUUCGUCGCGGCGACCCAGCCAGAGCGACCCGUGAUCACGCCAAGCGCAGACGCACCCAUUAUCAAUGGUCCCCACGUGGUGACCAUCAGGAUAAAUACCGACACUGAUAAGCCAAAAGCUCCAAAAAUAUCCAGUGUUCAUCUCAAAAGUGACGUGGAUUUUGAUACUUUUAAAUUCAAUGACUCCAACAAAAAGAGCAGCUUAGUCAGACUCAACGUGGAUGACAGCGGUCCAAAAAUACUGGAUAAUGAAGAUCUAUCAAAAGAUAAGCCACCGUAUAUUUACUGUAACUCGUACGUGAAUACAAUGUCUAAUAUGGUAAUGUCGAGUGGACAAUGCUCUCCGAGUGAUACUUUGGAUUCAGGGACGUGUAGCGACCUUGAUGGUACACCGCCGCCGUUGCCUAAAAAGAAGUCAUCUAAAUCAAGCUCCACAAAGAAAGCCGUCUCCGUUACGGUAAUUAGCUCGACAAGAAACAACAGCGAGGUCGAUUUCGAAGAUAACGAGUCUAAUAUAUCGUGUGACUCGCUAAAUAGUAGUGAGCUAAAUGGAAGCGUGCACGCCGACGAAAGUCACAGCGACGAUCUAAGUAAAAAAGAAAAGAAACAGUCUUCCGAGACAACGACACAGCCACUAGCUAAAGUGAACAAUAAAGACAGCAGCUUUCUACCUCAAGGUCUCCUUCAAGACAUAAGAGACCGUUCCGCUAAACUUAACAACAUUGAAACGGAAAGUGAGCUAGUUGAAACGCAAAGCAUCCUCGAAAUAAGUCAGAAUAAUAAUGAAAAUGUUAAUUUAUCAAAAGAAAGCGCUCAGCUGACGUCAUUCCUGUUAGUUUCUCAGCUAAAACAUGAAACACAAAAAAAUAAAUCGGAGAUUUUACAAGAGAAUACAACCCCAAAUAAAUCACCCUUAAUUACUGAAAGUACUUACGAGGAACGCAAACAAUCAGAUAAGAUGAAAGAAAAAACCAUUUGUUAUAGCAGCCAUUAUUUCGAUACAGAUAAAUUUUAUGAUUUCCACCUUAACGAAAAACAAUUUGAUGAUGUGCCAGUGAAAAGUGUCCGUGAAAAUAAAAACGUGUGUGAACUAUCGGAUAUGGAAUAUUUUGCUGGUAUCAAGGAUUAUAAAAACGAGGAGGCGCCAUCUACUAUAAAGAGUUCAAAAGGCACAAUCCGAGGUGUUAAAAACCGGGUUCGGGCUGGGAUCGCCACAUUUCUUCAAAUACAAAGCACGACUAAGAGCUACAAAGAAAAAGAUGCCGGCAAGGUGGUUUUAUACACUACCACAAUGGGUAUCGUGAGGAACACCUACCAGAGAUGCGUGCUGGUGAAGAAGAUUCUCCGCAACCUACUGGUGAAGUACGAGGAGCGAGACGUGUUCAUGAGCACGGAGUACCAGGAUGAGAUCCGGGAUAGGAUGAGAAGCGAGGAAAUACUUGUGCCUCAACUGUUCAUUGAUGGCCAGCACGUUGGGGACGCUGAAACCGUUGAGAAACUCAACGAGAGCGGGGAAUUGAGAAAAAUGUUGAAACCCUAUAAGAGCCCUGAUGCCUGCAACACUUGUCAGGUCUGCGGGGGCUUCAGAUUGCUUCCUUGCAGAAUUUGCAAGGGAUCGAAGAAGAGCCUGCAUAGGAACCACUUCACAGCUGAGUUCGUGGCUCUGAAGUGCAUGAAUUGCGAUGAAGUCGGUCUUGUAAGAUGUGAUGCUUGCUCUUGAAAUCAUGUGAUCGAUCAAGUACGUAAUAAGAGAUAAAAAAUUCAUCAUGAAACAAUGAGAUUUAUAUAGUUUCGAGAAUGUGUCUGAAAUUGAAAAUAUUUUUUUAUGUCAUAAAUAUGUAUUUUAUAUUUUAAACACGUUUUUUAUAGCCUUCACUUCUUGAAAUUAGUGUAAAUAUAAUUACACUCUUGUAAUUGUUUAAGCUUACUGUACGAUAUUUUUUGCACAUAUAAUUUUUCAUAUAUCUUCUAUACUAUGAAAUAAGAUCGACGCAAGAUUUGCGUUUUAUUAUUCUAAGUGUUAUUAUGUGUAACCCCAUUAUGUAAAAUCAUGUAAAUGUGAUUAAAUAGACAAAUACUUAGAUUAAAUAAGAACAUGUUAUAUUGUAUUUAGGUACAAAGAUGCUUGAACAAGGAAAUAAUUCUUAAAUUCAUUUUAUAAACAACGUUAUUAGGCAUAAAUGAUGUAAAAAUUAGGUCAUAUAGAAAUACUCUCUUAAAAAAACUCUUAUCACUAACUUUCUACUCUAUUUCUAGUUUUUAAUUAUCGCUAAUAACAUAGGUGCUGUAGCGACUUCGCUCAAAAAUACGGGAUUUUAAGUCUGGUAAAGAAAUUUAAGUAAAUAAAUUAGUUAAGUGCAUGACUUUCUAAGACUUAUUGUAAUUAGUAUGCCAUAAAUAAGAUGCAAUAAUUUCUUAUUACAUAUAAUAAACUUCUUCGAAUUAAGUCUUUUUGUACGUAAGUUGUAGAAAAAAAGCGCUAAUUAAUGACAGCGCCAUCUAUCGAUACCAUACAAGGUAAUUACAUAUUUUUUGAUCAUUUUUGAUUUUAAACCUAUUUUGUAAUUGAAAAUAGAGUUUUAAAAUUUAUACCGAAAAUUAUUCGCUUAAAUUCUAAUAACAUUGAUAAUGUGAUAUGAAAAUAUAUGGUUGUAACUUUGUAAGGUGCAUUGCUGAUACAAGUAGCUGCUAAGAAAAUUAUAUGGAAUAAAUAUUUUUUUGUGUA